CUCCAGAUUCAGCUAUAAAGGAAGUAAUUAAAAACAUCGAUCACUUAAAAAUCGCAAUCGUUUAUUUGCUGAAACAAUUUUCCUACGUGUUCCACCCAAUCGAAAGAUCAAAUGUUAUUCAUUCACAUACAUAGACACCAAGGCGUGUAGGAUUACCAUUUUCAUGUUAUCAUAUGCUAAUGACACGAUGGCUCAGAUGGUGAAUUUGGCGUUUGCUUUUUACUUUAUAUGUUCAACUUCGAUGCAAACUGUGCAAGGUAUCGAACCGCAUUUCACAUCAGAACCAGACAAACUGAUGGUAACAUACCAGGAAGAAACAGUUAACUUUACCUGGAAACUCUCCAACCACUCAUUCAAUACUCUCUACUUUGGAAAUUGGGAUACAAAGUACAAUAUUUUGGACAUCCCUAUAAUGUCUAUUGUUCGAAAUGGCAGCGAAAUUUCCAUUUACACGAGUGGAAAGGAGAAGGUGAAACAAUACAGAGGACGAGUGAGAUGGGCUGGAGACUUGUCGACAGGAAGGGUCAGCUUUGAACUGACGAACAUCAAACAAACUGAUCAGAAGUACUAUGGAGUAGAGAUUGAGUUUGACGACGAUGCGAUGACCGAAGUGAGCGGAUUUACUCAACUCGUUGUCAAGUCCAGAUCGGUUUUCACUUCGGCUCCAAGUCGCAUCACACAAUCAGCGCGUGGUUCUGCAUACUUUACCUGGCGAUACAGCUUGACAGAAGAAGACCAGGCAAGCCUGUCGUCACUCGUGUUCGGAGUAUACAGAAAAAAUACGUAUACGGUUUUAUGCACAAUUGAGAUCAAAAAGAAARUUGUUAGUACAUCUAACUGUUCUACAGGCAUUAGAAAUGCAGAUGUCCUGUUCUCCUCGACGUCCCCUACGAGUAUGGCUACAUUCGUACUGGAUAAUCUAAACCCUGAAGAUGAAGGGAUAUACUCGCUUAGACUUGGAGGAACUGGACAAGUUAUGGAGAAUAAAACAAUGCUAUUUAUUCGAGGUGAAAAGCCGCAUUUCAAGUCACAACCUGACAAACAGAUGGUAGCAUACCAGGACGAAACAGUCAAAUUUACCUGGAAACUCUCAAACUACUCAUUCAACACUCUCUACUUUGGAACCUGGCGAGCAAACGUUAAUACUCUGAACAACACUAUAAUGUCUAUUGUUCGAAAUGGCAACGAAACUUCCUUUUACACGAGUGCAAAGGAGAAGGUGAAAGAAUACAUAGGACGAGUGAGAUGGGCUGGAGACCUGUCGACAGGAAGGAUCAGCUUUGAACUGACGAACAUCAAACAAACUGAUCAGAAGUACUAUGGAGUAGAGAUUUGGUUUAACGACGAUACGAUUGACGAAGUGUGCGGAUUUACUAAACUCGUUGUCAAGGCGAAGUCGGUUGUCGUGAAAGAAACGAAUCCUUGUGAACUCAACAAUGGCGGAUGUAGUCACGAGUGUGUCUUCUCUUCAGUGACUAAAACUCACACCUGCGAAUGUCCCACGGGAAUGGAUCUGUCUCCUGAUGGCAAGACUUGCGCGAAGGUUCAUUUGUCUGCAUCAACUACGAUUCCGCCACCUCGCAGUACAUAUCCUCCAAAAAGUGAAACGAAUCCUUGUGAACUCAACAAUGGCGGAUGUAGUCACGAGUGUGUCUUCUCUUCAGUGACUAAAACUCACACCUGCGAAUGUCCCACGGGAAUGGAUCUGUCUCCUGAUGGCAAGACUUGCGCGAAGGUUCAUUUGUCUGCAUCAACUACGAUUCCGCCACCUCGCAGUGCAUAUCCUCCAAAAGGUGGUGCUGACAUUAAUAAAGGGCCUGCUGUGAAGGUGUUCCUCUUCAUCGUAGUGGUCUCCAUCAUCAUAGCUCUCUAGAUGGUGAAAGAAUUAUUAUAUUCACUGCUAUCUAUCUAUAUGUCUCGGUUGCGGCUGCCACGUAUAAUGGCGGUGCCGCCUUAAAUAUAGCCGGGCGUUAAUCCUAAGACGUUAGUUAUCAGUAUUUUGUCAUUUUCCAAGAGACCAUAUACCAGCUUUGAAUUCACUGUUAAUCAGAGCUGGCCUUCUUUAUUUGUAUAGGGUUCAAUUUAUGCACGUGGAUUUGAAGUGGAGAAUUAUCUAGUCUAUCUGGUGUAUUGUUUUCACGUUUCUUGUGGUCGCUUCAUUUAUUGAAACCUUAGAAAAAACCUUGGCCAUCAAAUAUACUUAUUAUAAGUCAAGCCAGAUUGAUCGAGGUUAGUGCCUGGAUGGGUGACCUAAUAAUCUUUAUACCUACUCAAACUUUAGUUCGAAAUUAUUAUUUUUUAACUCAGCCGAUAACUAUCUAACCACACUAGUUUUUAGCUAGUUAUCUCUUAUUUAACCAAAUGCUUUGCCCAGUCUCCGAGUUGUAGAUUUUAUUAGCAUCUAGUCUCCCAUUCGUUUCUCAAGAGAAUUGGGCAAAUGCAUGUCAUUGUAUUCUGAUAGAGAGAUUCAAACGAUUUAUUCUAUCAAUAUACAAUCAUUGGAAGAGAUUGAGAGCAUGAUAUUGUAAGCUGAGGAGGAUAAAAGGUCUAGGUCGUGAUAUUUGUUUUAGUAUUUUUAACACAAGUGAAUAUAAUAAAUAAUGGAGAGAGAGGUUUUUUCUCCAAAUUUUAUUUAUCUCUGCAAGCGGCACAAAUCGACAAACUAGCGUGCGCUAUAACCACCUGUAGAUGAAUAUAGCAGUAUAAGACGUAAAUUAUAUUGUGAUCAAUGAGCGUGCCGGCUUUAUUAUAUUCACUUGUGUAAAAAUACUAAUUUUAAUAACAUGAAAUUGACAUGGUUACUGUAAUAUCUGCAGGAAAACCUAUUGUUAUUACAUUUAUCAUGUCGAGUUCACAGGAUAUCAUGCAUUGGUCGGUGAGGGGUCUUGGGCAAUGAGAAUCGAGGUAGUGAGUAAAAUGUAAGAUCUAUUCUGAAUAAAGGUUUUAAACCAUGACGUGACGGCAGCCAUGUUAGAUGGCAGGAACAAUACAAUCGUUUUACAUGAGAAAUAAUUCAAUUCCCGAGAGCUAAGGGAUUUUAUUGUUCUGCCAUUAACCCCAGGCAGUCCAAUCUGGAUUAUGGCGCCGGCACAUGAUGGUGCAAAACCUCUAUAUAGAGUAUCUGUACCUGAAUAAUUCAAACCACAAAAUUAUUUUCUCGUUUGUUUAUUUAUCUGUAUAUUUAUUUUUUCAUUCAGAAAAAGUCUUCAGUGCGUACAUUUUCAUUAUUUUAUUGAGAAUUAUUGUCAGUUCUUCAAGUCUCUUGCCAGACCUCAUGCUUAAAUAUUCGUAAUGAACUGCGCAUGCUCAUUAGUUUACUGCUGUACACUAUGAUAGCUAUCGCUGUCCUGGCUUUCAUGAUUGACAUGAUUCCAGAUUGAGAAAUGAGUUGUAAAAUAUUCAGAUUAUUAUUUUUUAUUCGAGAGAUAAAAAUAGACAAGAUUUAAUGUAUUAGUAUAAAUCAUUGAGUGAAUUUUGCGAUUGCUUAUUGGCUAAUAUAUGUCUAUGAGAAAUAAACAACUGGUAGAGAAAAAAA